UAUGGGGCUGUACAUAGUUUACUGUCGUAGUAAACUUACGUUAGGUCGGUAACGGACGGAAGAGUUUAAAUCGAUAACUUUGCGUAAAGACUAAAAUUAAAGAAGCGUCGAAUCUUGUGAUCUUUGUUGAACGUUCGAUUUGGAAAUAAAGCAAAGAAAUUAGUAAGCGAGUGUAUCUGUGUAUAAACAGCUUGCAAAGUGGUAGAUUUUCAACCCUUGUGUGAUAAAAUAAAGAAUUUUAGGAUAAAAACAAGGUGACACAAAACUUCAUACAAUGAAAGUGUUGCUUGUGACUAUUUUGAUGGUGGCCUUUCUGAAUUGUGAAGAUGUGGGUGGAUUUUUUCAAAAUGAACUUCGCGCCUUGAUUCAAUCGCGCGUUUGGGAUGUGAAUAUACUUCGUUGCAAUGUACAAAGAUCAAAUAUAUGUCCUCAUUCAGAUGUAAUUCUUCGAAUGUAUACUACAAUAAAUCGCUUCGGGACAUACAUGGACGUCAAAAAUCCCAUCUCACUCUACCUAGCCGGAUACGAUAAACACCACGAAACCGUUUUCCUUAUACACGGUUUUAAUGGAACGGAACGCGACAAACAUAUGAUGUAUCUGAGAGACGCAUACCUGUCGAGAGAUUACAAUGUUGUGACGGUUGACUGGAAGCCACUUACUCAGUAUCCAUGCUAUUUGACUGCUUUGACUAAUUUAAAAUUAGCAGCGCAAUGCAGUGCACAGAUUUAUUCCUAUCUCACCUACCACGGCGCGUCACGGGAGACAGUCACAUGUGUAGGGCAUUCCCUCGGGGCUCAUAUUUGUGGAAUGAUGUCUAAUCACCUAACCAAACGACAGUUCAGAAUUAUAGGAUUAGAUCCAGCGCGACCGCUUAUUGAACGAGUACAAUCAAAGGCUUUUCGGCUAAGCGAGGAAGAUGCGACUCAUGUACAAAUUAUUCAUACAAACGCUGGAUAUCUAGGACAAAUGGAUAAUCCUGGUCAUCUAAACUAUUGCAUAAAUGGCGGACGAUAUCAACCGUACUGCAAAGGACAUGCUAUCAAGCGAUCGCGUUGCAGUCACUUCUUGAGCGUCUGCUACUUGGCCAAUGCAAUUUUCAAGCACAAAAAGUUUCUGGGCAUACCGUGUCCGGGUGGAUGUGUGGGACUAGAUGGGCCGAAUAAGCUACCCGUUCAAGUAAUGCAUCGGAAAUAUAGUCCAAAUAAAUAUAAAGGAUUUUUAAAAGAAUACAAAAUGGGAAACGACGCUUCAGACAACCUUCGUGGCAUCUACUGUUUGGAAGUCGACUACGCAAAACACUGUCCAUUCACGGAUAGAUACAAAAGGGAGUUCAUAUUGCAUCAUGGUUAAUUCCAAAAUUGAAGA